UUUUGUAUAGUUUGAUCACUGAAUUUGUAUUUAAAUUGAUUUAAUAGCAGAGAGCAUGUUCUGAUAAGAAACAGAUUGCUGUAUGAAGACAUGGCUACGUCCCAAAUGGCUCCCUAUCCUGAUCAAAAGAAGCGCCCUACAUAGGGAGGGAAUAGUAGGGUGGCAUUUGGGAUGCUUCCCAUAUACAUGUAUAGGGCCCCUAGUGAAGCCCAUAGUAAGUCCCCUAGUGAGUCCCCUAGUGAGGCCCCUAGUGAAGCCCAUAGUGAGGCCCCUAGUGAGUCCCCUAGUGAGGCCCCUAGUGAAGCCCAUAGUAAUGCCCCUAGUGAGGCCCCUAGUGAGUCCCCUAGUAAGUCCCCUAGUGAGGCCCCUAGUGAGGCCCUUAGUGAGGCCCCUAGUGAGUCCCCUAGUGAGGCCCCUAGUGAGUCCCCUAGUGAGUCCCCUAGUGAGGCCCCUAGUGAGUCUUCUAGUGAGUCCCUUAGUGAGGCCCCUAGUGAGUCCCCUAGUAAGGCCCCUAGUGAAGCCCCUAGUGAGGCCCCUAGUGAAGCCCCUAGUGAGGCCCCUAGUGAGGUCCCUAGUGAAUCUCCUAGUAAGGCCCCUAGUGAGGCCCCUAGUGAAUCUCCUAGUAAGGCCCCUAGUGAGUCCCCUAGUGAGGUCCCUAGUGAGGCCCCUAGUGAGGCCCCUAGUGAAGCCCUAGGGAAGCCCUAGUGAGGCCCCUAGUGAAGCCCAUGUGAAGAUCCUAGAAAGGCCCCUAGUGAGGCCUCUAGUGAAGCUCCUAGUGAGGUCCCUAGUGAAGCUCCUAGUGAGGCCCCUAGUGAGGCCCCUAGUGAAGCUCCUAGUGAGGCCCCUCAGACAGAAGUUUUAGUCGUAAAAAAAACAUUGUCACCGAUUAUUUUUAUUUUUUUAAAUCAAACGCAAAAGACUUGAAAUGAAACGGAGCUGACUCUGACGAUAGACAGAUAUGUCUGUGUCUUCUCAUAUUAAUGCCAGAUGAGUUAUCUGGGGAGCAGAGCAGAGCAGAUCAGACAGAAAAAAAAGGAAAUAUAUUAUGUUAAUUCGAUUGGUAAUAUUUGGCUUUUUGAGGCUUUUUGAGACUUUCCUGUCCUAUGAUUCCGGUGAACUAAGUCACCUUCAUGGAACUUCGGAGUGUCCAGCAUUCCGAGAAUGUCUGGCAGGCAGGGAAUUCUGCAUCUCUUAGAUUCCUGGAUAAUCCGCUCCGUCAGGAGUCUAGCUCUAGUCUGGGUACCAGUCUUUGUAGCUAACAUUAAUCUCAUUGCCACUCCAGUGGUACAAGGAGUGGAAUGUAAUAGCUGAAUAGAGAAUGGAAGGCUAGUCUAGACCCACACAUGGUCUGAAUGGAUGCAGUAUGGAAGAGACGGGGAAGGGGGGGCAUCAUCAAGCUGUUGACCUGGGUUGAGGGGAAGAGGGGAGAGGUUGCUGGGGGGAAGCUCAGGUGACAGGGUUGGGUUGGGGAGUCUGUUAUGCACGGAAUGUGCUAGUUCCUUUUUGUGUCGCUACGUAUGGUCCUACAGAUGUAGCUUCCGUCUAUGAGUGUGUCUCAGUAGUCUAACAAAGCUUUCUUUCCCCAUCCGCCAUAUUGUUUUCACCGACUAUCCAUGUUUUGAGAUGAAUGCAGAUUAAGAAGAAAAGAAGAGAGGUGGGCCCAACUCAUUGAACAACUUUACUAUAACCUACUUUAUUAAUUUAUAACACAUUCACAGUGCACUCAUAGCCCUCUUCUACUCAACAGCUCUUUCAACUGAUUUCAUUCAGUCCCACACUUUCUAUUGGUUAUAUAUGGUGGCACUGGAAGUCAAGUGGUUGACAUAUUGACACAAAAUAAACAUAACCAACUUCUACAAUGUGCAUAUGGCCUUGAACUUGACCUAUAUUUUGGCU